UUUUACAUAUUUCUCUUCCCAUUCAAUUCACAUAUCAUUCUAUUUUUUUAUUUCGAUUGAAGUUCUUGAUGUAUUAUUUUCAUUAUGUUCUAAGAAUUAGUUAUGGAAACAGAAAUGGAAGUUGCAAUAAAAAGGAACUCCUGAAAAUGCCCUCAGUUAUGCUAUUUUACAAUUUUGGAUCUGCUUUCCUCAUUUGUUUCCAUGCUGCUAUUUGUAGUUUAAUAGGUGGCGGUAUAAAUCUGGGUUGUGAACAUUGAUUACCAUUUAAAAAAUGUGCUUGGUUCCAGCAGGUUCCCGAGUUCCCGACUAACAAAAAUUAAAAGCCACACAAGCUAAAUGAAGGCCAAAAAAGAGGAAGAGUUGCUAGAAUGCCCAAUUUGCUGGGAAUCAUUUAACCUUGUGGAGAACAUACCCUACAUUCUAUGGUGCGGACACACAUUGUGCAAAACUUGCAUCUUGUCCCUACAGUGGGCGGCUGUCAGAUUCCCGUCCCUCCCGAUUCAACUUCCACUCUUUGUAUCAUGUCCAUGGUGCCAACUACUUUCCCUCAGAGUUAUUUGGAAAGGUAAGCUUCGAUUUCCUAGGAAGAAUUUCUUUCUACUCUGGUUGGUGGAAAGUGCAAAUGGCAAUCAGAUUAGAUUUUGCCCGUCUUCCUGCACGGAUGAGAAAGCGUUUCAGUCAUCAUCAAGUAGCACAUCAGUUCGUCAAAGUGGAUCUUACCCUUCAUCAAUCGAAAGCCUACACGAACCUCCUAGUUCCUCCCGAACAAGAGAAGGGUCAAGUAGUUUUAUACGCAGCUGGCGAGUUUGUACGUCAUUGCGUAAGUCACUGCCUUUGUUGCUGCACAUCACAGCCAAGUUCCCUGUGGUAGCAAUAUUCAUGCUAAUUGUUUUGUAUAUAAUACCUGCAAGUGCUGCUAUAUUGGUUGGUUGGUUACUAAUUACCUUUUUAUUUGCAUUGCCAUCAUUCUUGGUACUGUAUUUCUCAUACCCAAUUCUAAACUGGUUAGUUAGGGAGAUUAUUGCUUGAUGACAUUUGUUUGUCAAUAAAUCUCACUUAGUUCUAUGGGAGAUUAUCUUGUGCAAAAUGUACGAAUUAUAGUGUGUUCUUUUUGUAACUUUAUUGUGCAUUCAUCACUAAUGGAAAUGGAACCGGUUAUUGUCGAGUUGCCCCCCAA